GUGAGUGAGGCCGUGCGGCGCGAGCCCCGCGUCUGGCGCGAGCUCUCCGGGCCCCUCCGGCGGCGGCGCCGCGUGAGCCAUGGCGGGGUGGGGGUCGUUCUACCGGGGAGAGGGGCUGGAGGAGGAGGAGGAGGAGCAGCAGCAGGAAGAGGAGGAAGGGGCUGAGGCGGUCGCUGAGCAGAGGUUUUCGGGCCGGGACAGCCUCAUCUUCUUGGUGGAUGCCUCCAAGGCCAUGUUCGAGUCCGAUGGGGACUCAGAGACUCCUUUCGACAUGACCAUCCAGUGCAUCCGGAAUGUGUAUACCAGCAAAAUUAUCAGCAGUGACAGGGACCUGUUAAGUGUUGUGUUCUAUGGUACAGAAAACAACAAGAACUCGGCAGAUUUCAAGCACGUUUAUGUUCUCCAGGAGCUGGACAAUCCAGGUGCGAAACGUGUUCUGGAGCUGGACCAGUACAGGGGAGAUGAAGGACGAGCACUUUUCCGGGAGAACUUUGGCCACAACACUGCCUACUCACUGGGUGAAGCGCUCUGGGCCUGCUCAAAUCUCUUCAGUGAUGUCCGAGUCAGGCUGAGCCAUAAGAGGAUCAUGCUCUUCACCAAUGAGGAUAACCCUCAUGCCAAUGACAGUGCUAAAGCCAAGCUGGCCAGGACCAGAGCUGGUGAUCUCAGAGACACAGGUAUCAUCUUGGACCUUAUGCACUUGAAGAAGCCUGGAGGGUUUGAUAUCUCUUUGUUCUACAGGGAUAUUAUAAAUGUAGCAGAGGAUGAGGACCUUGGGAUCCAGCCUAAAGAGUCAGAGAAACUGGAACAUCUCAUGAGGAAAGUACGAGCAAAGGAGACAAAGAAACGGGCUUUAGUCAGGCUAAAUCUGCAUCUGAGCAACAAUGUGGCGCUUUCUGUUGGUGUUUACAGCCUUAUUCAAAAAGCUCAUAAACCAUAUCCGGUGAAGCUUUAUCGGGAAACCAAUGAACCAGUUAAAACCAAAACAAGGAUGUUCAGUGGAAAAACAGGCAGCUUGCUCCUACCCAGUGACACUAAAAGGACUCAGACAUAUGGAAAACGACAGAUUGUGCUGGAGAAAGAGGAGACAGAAGAAAUAAAGCGGUUUGAUUCUCCGGGUUUGUUUCUGAUUGGCUUCAAACCACUUUCAAUGCUAAAACAGCACCACCAUAUCAGGCCCUCCCAGUUCAUUUAUCCUGAGGAGUCCAUGGUGAGAGGGAGCACAACGCUGUUUAAUGCCCUAUUGAUGAAAUGCUUGGAGAGGGAGAAGAUGAUGCUGUGCAGAUACACCCCUCGCCGGAAUGUCCCUCCUCGCUUUGUGGCCCUGGUUCCCCAGGAGGAAGAGCUGGAUGAGCUGAAAGUGCAGACAGCCCCUCCAGGUUUCCACAUGAUUUUUCUACCCUACGCAGAUGACAAACGUAAUGUUGGUUUUACAGAAAACGUGCCAGCCAGCCAAGGGCAGGUAGACAAAAUGAAGGAAAUCAUUCAGAAACUGCGGUUCAAAUACAGGCCUGACAGCUUUGAGAACCCAGUUUUGCAGCAGCACUUCAGGAAUUUGGAGGCUUUGGCACUGGAUAUGAUGGAACCAGAACAAAUUGAGGAUCUUACAAUGCCAAAGUCUGAACAGAUGAGCCACAGACUGGGCAACCUGGUGGACGAGUUUAAGCAGCUGGUUUAUCCCCCUGACUACAAUCCUGAUGAGAAGGGUGUAAAGCGAAAACAAGCUUCUGACGGUAAAACUGAGAAGAGGCCCAAGGCAGAAGUCUCAGAAGAUGAGCUGCGGAGUCAUGUGCAAAAGGGCACUCUAGGCAAGCUCACUGUAACUGUCCUGAAGGAUGCGUGUAGGUUUCUGGGGUUGAGGUGUGGAAGCAAGAAGCAGGAGCUCAUGGAUGCUUUAACUGAAUACUUUAAUGGGCGCUAAACUGGAGAGGAAGGCCCUGGUUUACUUCAGUCUGCUUAGAAUUUUGAUUGUCUUGUGUGGGUGCUGUAUCUGUUUAAUUUUGCAAUGAAAGCGACUAAAUAUUGCUCUUUCUAGCAUGGAGAAACUUUCUACUGAGUUGUGAAACAUCUCUGCUAUCUUGGUUUGAAAAGACAGGUGUCUACUAAGGAAGGCAGGAGCCUUCCUUGAAAUGGAAAAAUGUAAACCUCCCUCCCUCUGAAUGAUUACAGUUUUGAAAUUAAGGGGCUCUCAGGGAAAGAUACGGGAAUAGAUAAAUAAAUAAAUAAAACUGAUUUACUAGAAAAAUCAAAAUAAAAAUGCAGCAGUACAAGAAAUCCUCUGACAGAGUCGGAAUACAAGCUGACACCCUGUUGGUCAGUGUUGGUAUCAGUCUGAUUCAGUGGUGGCUGCAGUCCUCCGGGAGUGACACAUGUGGAUCUGUUUGAAGCAGUGAUCCUGCAGAAGGGUGUAGUUUUCCUCUAAAGGUCCAGUGGUGGUGUAGAUGGGUCCAGUCUUCUGGGAAUCCAGAAGAGAAAGGUUGACUGCAGUGUUCUAAGUCUCAGAUUCUAUCCAGGUAGGAAUGCUUGGCUUCUCCCCUGGGUGGAGCAUCUCACAAUGGGAUGAUGUAAUUUUAUCAGUCAUACAGUGACUGACUCAACGGCCCAUUAACAGAAGAUAUCCCUCUGGAGGGAGGAUAAAGAACACUGCCCCACCUGGUUUUAACAGAUGGUAAUAGAAUAUAUACUUUUGUUUGCAUCUUGCAUUGCAGCUUAAGACAUCUGCAAAGUUGGAUUCUGUUGACAGUAGCUAAAGGCAGAACUGAAUUCCUUCUGAACUCAGGUCACCCACUGCACAUGGACAGAGUUGUGCCUUGCUGGUUUCUUAAUAAAGUUACACCUCUUCCUUUGCAACACUGACUGUGCCAUGUGUGCAUCAU